AUGAACAGCAAGCGGACCCUGCGUGACAACAGUGAGAAGGAAAUGACCAGCAAGCGAGUCAAGCGUUCUGAAAAAGCCAGCACGCCUAGCAGCAGCUCCAGCCUUGAGGUGAUUGCCGACAUCGGACGUCCUUCAACCCCGGCUGCCCCUACUGUGCUUGACUACAUGGUGCAGCACAACGAGAUCAACGAGCUGCGGCGUGAGGUGGCCGGUCUGAAAGAGAGAAUGACCAAAUUGGAGGAGGAACUGGAAGUUCCGAUGGAAUGA